UAAACAACAAAUGUGUCUGGCAACUAACGUCGUGUUAUAAUACAAAUGUUUUUAUAUAGAGUAAAGAAAUCUAAAGCAGAUCACUUGAAUAAGUUCAUAUUUAUUGAGUAGUCGCGUUUUUUUUUUUAAAAGAAACUUUAGUUUUUUAAAAAACAAAAUAAAAUUUUUAACAGAAAUAAAUUUGUUCGACAAGUCUAUUUUAAACAAAGUAACAAUUCAAGGGUGUAUUGAAAGUUUAAUUAGAUUAAAAUUUGAUGCAACAGCUCGUUCAAUUUUAAUCUCUCAUGAUCCAAAUGUAUUACAAUGUGAUUUAGAUUAUCUAAGUGAACGUAUCGGUGUGUUAAGUUGUUAUUUUACAAGUCGUGAAAUUAAUAAAUUGAUUCGUACUCAUUCACGAUUACUCACUGAACAAUGGACAAAAUUGGAUUAUAAGAUAAAUUAUUUAAGAAUAAUGUUGUUUGCAUCGACACGUGAUAUCGUUGAAUGUGGCGCAUUAUCUUAUCCAAUUGAACAUAUUCGAUCAAGAUAUUUAUUUGUUUAUCGUUGUGGUCUAUGGACACGUGUUAGAAGAGAAGAACAAUAUUUUCGUCAACGAAAAUUAAAUAUAUCAUUACACGAUAUUUUUGACACCUCAAUACAAACAUUUUUGAAGCGUGUUACGAGCAAUCUAUUACGUCACGAUGAUUAUCAAGCGUUUGUUGAUAGUUUAAAAUAUGAAAAGUUUCAAAAUGAAAUGGAUAAAUAUUUGACGUUAAAAGGUGAUAAAAAACACUGGACAAAGGGACAAAUACUACGAGAAAAAACAGAACGAAAUCAUUUUAUGUAUGAAUUUGAUCUGUAUGAUAUGACAAAACAGAAAAUAGAGGAAGAAGAAAAUGAUAAUGAAUAUUUGGAUGAUGGAAUUAUGACGCUUGAAACUCAAUUAACAACAUAUGAUCAAGAUAAACAACAACAAUUACAAAAAAUAGAUUUAAGUCGACAAACAUUUGAUCAUAUUAUGAAAGAUGCACAUGUGAAUGAAGCAAAAACGAGUGAUGAACAUCCACUUUUGGAUUUAGGAAGAGAAAGUGGCAGAUCAAAACGAAUUGCUCAAAAAGCGGAUCCCGAUUUGAGAUGA